AUGGGUCGACCUCCUUUUACAUCGACCAUACCAUCUUACUCGGGGCAAAAGAAUCCCAUGCAGGAUUCAAACAACCAUGGAUCAGCUGUACUUCCCGUUCAAUUCGUUGAUCGGUUGAUCUCCCGACUGGGCCAGCAGCUUCUCCCAAGUCAACGCGCAACGGACUCGGCCGGUGCUCUCCCACCUGUUCUUCCGUCAGAUGUAAAGCCACUGAUGUUGACUCUUCAUUGUCUAUUCCCCAACGAACUGCUCCUGGCUCUAGACAUACUAGACCGCGGACUGGUGAGACGGCUUGCCCAGCAGGAUGCGAACCCAGAGUCAUCAAAUCCGACGACAGAUCCGUCCAGGGUCGUCUUUUUCGUCAUCUCCGCCUCCGCAGCGCCGUCGAUCUCGGCCAAAAAGCCCCUGCCAACGCGCACAGGAGGGCAAAUGGGCUACGAGGUUCGGCUGCAGGCCUGGAACUGCACUUGUCCGGCAUUCACGCUGGCCGCAUUUCGCGAUCUCGGCCCCGAGAUGGAGCCUGCCGGGCAUGCGGAAGGCCUCAGGGACGACGACGUGCCUGGCGUCCAAGGCCGGACCUGCAGCUACCCAUAUGGCGGAUGGCUGGCUGGCGACGCGAUCCGGACGUCGCCUCCCAUCUGUAAGCAUCUUCUUGCUUGUCUGUUGAUGGCACGUUGCCCUGGCGCAUACGAGACCACGGCCCAAGAGGUCGAUCCAACCCUUGUUCCUGCGGAGGAGUUGGCAGGCUGGUGCGCCGGCUGGAGCGGAUGA